AUGCUCCUCCUCCUUCCUAUAAAAGGAGGGGUGCCCCCAAUGUGAAGAGGAGGCCAAAUCACUUUCUCCUCUGUCCACUAUACUUUCUCUCUCUAGCAUUUUAUAGUUUUUGUUCUUCAAUAAGCUUUUAAGCUUCCAUUAAUGGCUUCGGAGCUCGAUUCUUGUACCGUGUACACACCCCCGAUAUCAAUAAAAAUCCCCCGUUGGCAAGGUACCGCCAAAAAAGGCCCGUGGUUUUCUCCCGAUUUGGGUUUCCACGUAAAAAUCCCCGUGUUUAUAGUUUGGUGUAUUUUUUAGACCAAUUUAUCGUUUUAGCCGGGCUAAAACGACAUACCGGUCGAUAAUUUACACCAUCAUUUUGGCACCGACCGUGGGACCCGAAAUCUUGCCCAUGAAGUACCACAAAAUCCUGUAUAUCUCUUAUGUACAAAAAAAUGGUGAGAGGAAUAAAAGAAAAGGGGAGGGGAAACUCCCCACUAUAGAGUAGUCACGGGAAAAAAGUAGUGUGUUCGCCCAUGCAGCACUACUUUUUUUACUCCCCCACAUUGCAAAAGCAAAAAAGGAAGAAGUCAGCACCCAGAGCUACAGGAGAUCGAGAUCUAGCCUUCCCCUCACCUUCUGGAGUCCGCCAUAGCUGCUGCUCAGAGCCGCCGCUGCCGCCUCCGCUGCUCAAACCAGCCGCCGCCGCCUCCGCUGCUCAAACCAGACGCCACCGCCGCUGCUCAAACCAGCCGCCGCCUCCGCUGCUCAAACCAGCCGGCGCCUCCGCUGCUCAAACCAGCCGCCACCGCCGCUGCUCAAACCCGCCACUGCCGCUCAGACCUGCCGCUACCGCUGAAUUCAAUCGACGGGAUUGCCGCUGCCGCCGAGCUCAAUCAUCGUUGGUCGUUGGUGCCAUUCACUGCCGUCCACGCCUAGCGUCGGAGGGCUGCAUGAUGCUUCCUAGUGGUUGUACCUGAGCCGCUGGAGUCUAUUUAUAACAAUCUUGGGGUUCACCAUUACUGACAACGGAGUUGGAUUCGUCAUCGACGUUGGUUGAAGCUAAAGCCAAAGUUAACCGCCCAUCUAUUUUUUGCCGGAGGACUAUUCCCGUUCUCUUUUGCCGACAUCACUAGCUGCCCAAGUUCAUCACCACCACACCCUCGGAAGCCGGCAAUUGCCCCUGUCCCAGUGGUCCUUUCAUAGCUCAUGCGGGUUCAUCUUCACCCCCCUUCGGAGUCUAUUUGCGUCGUUACUCUGGAACGUGACUUCUGUCACCGACGCCACUAUUGAGAUCUAUCACCAUCCCUGCCACUGCCGAACUACACCACCGUUACCUGGAGGCUCUAUUUUAGUUCCACCGCUGCCAUUCCAGGUGAAGUUCUCUUGCAGCCUCAGCUGAGUAUAUUAUUAUAUUUGCUGUGACAAACAAAGUAAGAGGGAUGGCCGAAGUGAUGGGUGUUGCCUCCGGUGGGCAUCGCCUUGCGCUCCUCCAUGAUUGGCGAAGAAGGAAGUCAGGGAAGCUUCCUUAUUCGGCCAGGAAGAAUCCGAACAAAUACAAAUAAAUAGUCACUAUGGGAAUGUGGCACACCAUCACAUCUACAAUUUCACUGCCAACACACGCGGAGCCAAACAGCAACGUGCCAAUGAAGAAUUAAAGAUGAU